AUGGCAAUUAAUGGAGACGCAUGGGCUACUGCAACUAUUGAGUCCCGACAUUCAGAACGCCCAGCAACGUACAACAGCGUGUGCAACUACAAACUCGUACAAAUAAGGAUGGGACGACCACCGGGACCCGCGACUAUACUCACAGUCGCCCGAACCCUCAGACAGUACAAAGCCAGAUGCAGAACUGGCCACAGCAGCCCCAAGCAACGACGUCGACUUCAUGUAUCGGCUGUCAAUCACAGGCACCACCGGGCACACGACAUAUCCCACGCUGUCAUCAUUUUUGAGCAGCACAGCCAGGCGGUAACGACAGCCGUGUACCGCGAGUGCGAUCAGAACCGUCCGCAGAGGGAUACACAACCCGCACAACGACCUGUAACAGUCAUGGCCUCAGGACAAGGGCAAAGCAACAGCCUAGGCAAGGAAUUUCCUAUCAACCGACUCACUCCCAACUACAGCAACGAAGCACCGGCACCAGAUAACAACUACGGGGGAUGGGAGUCAGUCGCCGAGCGUGAAUGA